ACCCCACUACCGUCUUGUCUACCUGGCUGGCACUCGGCCGAGCCUCACUACGUUUUCUUACGCAUUUUCCCACCUUUUCUUUCCUUUAAAAAAUCCACUCGCAAUAAUACAAGGGCGCCGCGCUCCCUCCGCUCCCGAGUCCCAACGGUCGAGUGAGACCCUGCCUCUUAAACCCUCCUCUUUCCCCGCAUCGCAUCCCCCGAUUCGCAGCGCAAGCUUCGAAAAAUUCACCACCCGAUCCGACCUAAUCACACCUCUAAUCACGCGAGGGGAGGUGGAAUCCACUCGUCGUCUCCACCCACCGAUCGAUCGAUUCAGCAGCUGAAGGCGAAGUGCUCUCCGGCGAUGGAGGAGGACCCGCUCAUCCCCCUGGUGCACAUGUGGAAUAACGCCGCCUUCGACCACGCCUCCUCCUCCGCGUGGCACGCGCACGCCGCCGCCGCCGCCGCGGCGAACGUCCGCGAGGGCGACGAGGAGAACCACCGCCCGGAGCCUGACGCCGAGGACGUCGACGCGGAGAUCGACCACAUCGAGGCGGAGAUCCUGCGCCUCUCCUCCCGCCUCCACCACCUGCGCACCUCCAAGCAGCCGGAGCCCAAGCGCGGCGGAGAGGUCGCGCCCGCAGCGAAGAUGGUGCGGCCGCGGCCGAGGGGGCUCAGCCUCGGGCCCCUCGACGUCAUCGCCGCCGCCGUCAACCCUAACCCGCUCCCCGAGAAGCAGCAGCCGCCGCGCGCCGCGCUGGCCCUGAAGCCGAUCAAGCAGGCUCCGGCGCCGCGGGGCAGGGGGCUCAGCCUUGGCCCCCUCGACAUCGUCGCCGCGAGACCUAGGGUCCCCGCCGCCGCGCCGCAGCGGAAGCUUCAGGGCGACAGCACGGUGCGGCAGAUCCUCAAGCCGAUCAUGGAGCCCCCGGUGCAGCGGCGCAGGGGCGUCAGCCUCGGGCCCUUGGAGAUCCACCACGGCGUCGGCAGCAGGCCGGCGGUAGCCGGGGCGCGGGUCAAUCCGUUCCCCAACAAGCUCAAUGCCGUCCGAGAAGAAGGUCAGCAUUCCAAGCAUGCUGUCCCCGCCAAACCAUGGCUAUCGAGCAGUGUCAAGCAGCCACCGGAUGUCAAGCAAGGAGCAGCAGCAAGUAGAGCCAAGGCGAGGAGUGGGAACAUGAGCCCCAGGUCCAGGAGGCAGUCCACUGCCAAGGCUACUGACACAAGGGGAGGCAAUGCCAAGACCACGGAGACAAGGGGAGGCAAUGCAGCAGUUGGGACUAACAAAGUGGUUGCGGAGCUCAAGCCCAAAGGCGUGACCAAUCACACCGGCAAUGCAGGGAAGAGGCCGGCGGGGAGCUCCAAGGUUAGGGUGGUCCCGAGCCGCUACAGCCUCACGUCUGGCUCAUCCCUGGGAGCUGGAACACAAGACAAGCGACGCAAGCAGUCUCUCCCAGGAUCGACUGGUGGUGCAAGCCAGAGGGAGGAGAUCAGAGCAAAGGUUACUGAGCCGUCGAACGGCGUGCUGUCUCCUGAAACAAUUGCCAAGGUGUCAGAACUGCUCCCAAGGAUCAGGACCUUGCCGGCUUCUGAUGAGAGCCCGCGCGACUCGGGGUGCGCCAAGCGUGUUGCAGAUUUGGUCGGGAAACGAUCGUUCUUCACUGCUGCAGCUGAUGAUGGCAAUAUGGUUACGCCGUACCAGGCACGGGUUCUUGAUGUUGAAUCACCAGAGGCAGCAGAAGCUUGAGAAGUGAUAUAUGGUUUUGAUUCAUUCCUUCCAUCAGCUCAUCUCCCCUUCUUCAUGAGCUAGGAUUUGGGUGAGGCCUUUUUUGCAGUGUGCUACAUGGUCUACUGUUACAUUCAUAUCUCAUGCAUCGUUAGCCAUUUCUUCGUUAAGACCUUACUAGUAAAUGUGUUGCUACCUUGUGAAAGGAGAGAGUGAAAGUGAAAGGUCCCUCCUAUGGGUGCUCUUGUUUUGAAUUGUAAGUGUGUUCUUGUUUUGAUUAAGUACAGGAUCAUGGUGUGGUUUCUUAUA